AUGAAGUCCUUUGGCGUAUGCGCCGCCCUUCUGGCGCCCUUCUCCGGCCUGGUCCACUCUUUUCCAACAGCCGAGAACUUUGCCAAACUCGCACAGCGCGGCAUGCUGUCGGACGCCUCCGAGAUCACGCCCCAGGACUUGCACGAAGGCUUAUUGAAGCUCAAGAACAAACGCUUACUAUUCGACCCGCUGACGACUCCGAUCGAUGUCACCGGCGACCAUGCAUUCCAAGCACCAGAUUUUGAUGGCGGAGACCAGCGCGGACCCUGCCCGGGUUUGAAUGCUCUGGCCAACCAUAACUACAUUCCCCGAGAUGGCGUUGUUGGUUUCUUGGACCUAAUUGAUGCCGGUAACACUAUAUAUGGCAUGGGUAUCGAUCUUAUAACAGUUCUUGCCAUAAUGGGAACUGCCGGUGUUGGCGACCCUCUUUCCCUUAACCCCGGAUUCUCAAUUGGUGGCGAGACGUCAAAGGUCUCCAACAUUCUUGGGAACUUGGGCGGUCUCCUCGGUACCCCCAGGGGUCUCGAGGGUAGCCACAACUGGAUUGAGGCUGACUCUUCCGGUACCCGUGAUGACCUCUACGUUACUGGCAACGCAUGGACAAUGAAUAUGACCCUGUUCCGGGAUAUCUACGACAACAUUGAUGGCGCCUUGACAAUGGAGGAUAUUGGUGACCGAGCUGCCGCACGAUUCGAUGAGAGUGUCGGAAUCAACCCGUACUUUUACUAUGGUCCCUACACUGGCAUGAUUGCCCGCAACGCCGGAUAUGCAUUCGUUGGACGAGUUCUUAGCAAUCACUCUACCGAGUUCCCUCUUGGCGGCAACAUGACCAAGGAAGUUUUUGCCAGUUUCUUUGGUGUGUACGAGGAGGAUGGCGAGCUCACCUACAAAGAAGGCUGGGAGCAGAUCCCCGAGAACUGGUACCGUACCGCCGUCGACUACGGCCUUGUUAGCCUCAACCUCGACCUUGUCUCCUGGAUCAUGAAGCACCCCGUCCUGGCCAGCGUUGGUGGCAACCUGGGCACGACCAACAGCUUUGCUGGUCUGAACCUGGAGGACGUUACCGGCGGCCUGCUUAAUGCCACGUCCCUGCUAGAGGGCAACAACCUCUUUUGUUUCGCUUUGGAGGUUGUCAAGACCUUUGCCCCCAACUCGCUCUCCUCCCUUUUCGCAACUCUCACCACACCUCUUGAGCUCAUCAACAACGCCAUCCUGGACCCGCUUCUCGAUCUUUCCUGCCCAACCUGGGAUGAUCUGAGCGUCAACGGUACUGACUUUUUGUCAUACGUCACCGACAAGUUUCCCGGUGCCAGCAAGGGUAACUUUGCUCUAUAA